AUGGAUGCACGUGCCAGCUGUUAUCCUCGCCAAAUUCGAAUAUUAUUAGCCAUAAUUUUCCCCACGUGUUCGCCAUUUAAUCCAAAAGGUUUGUGGAAAAAAUUCAGAGAGGAUUUGAGCGAAGACAUUUUUCAUCGUGUUCAUACCGUCAGCAAUGGCAAUUCAAUUGAGUUUUCAGACAAUAUUUUCAAUCAAGCUCUGAUCGAAAUCAAAGACAUAUGCUUAACCAUCAAUAGCAAAGAGUUCCUUCAACUUGGCAUGAUUUCGCCACAACGUUCUGCGUUUGAACACUGUGUUCGCGAUUUAGUAAGACAACAGCAGUACAUUGCUAAUGAUUUGCGUGCAGUUGCUGUAACAAACGAACAACAUUUGCUUGCAGAACAAAAAUUGACCCAUGAUACAAUUACAAUUGCUUUGUCAAAUGGCAGAGGUGGUCUGGUUUUCCUUGAUGCACCCAGUGGCAUUGAAAAACCGUUUCUGAUCAGUUUCUAUUGGCUCACAUUCGAUCUCAAAACGGAAUUGCUUUGGCUCUUGCUUCAUCAGUUUUUGAGGCUACAUUAUUAG